AUGACGUCGACCGCGUUCGCGCCGAGCCUCGCGCUCCGCGCUCGCGCGCGUCCUCCGCGCGCGUCCCGCGCGUCGUCGUCGCCCAUUCGCGCGUUCUGGAGCGGCUUCGGCGGCGGCGAGAAGGACGCGGACGCGAAGGGGAAGCCGUCGUCUUCGACGCGAAAGGCGCCAUCCGGGCGCGCGCCGGGGAAAGCGAAGCCGGAGGACGACGUCAACAUGCCCACGGAGGAAGACCUCGCGCGCAAGGCGGACAUCCCGAUCAUGCUGAACAACACCCCGCACCCGAGGGAGGUCCGACGGUGGUUCUACGACGACUGCGUGACGUCCGUGACGCGCGCGGUGACGGGCGAGGAACCGAUGACGCGCGUGAAGGCGAAAGUGGAGUUCCCCGAGCUCAACGUCAACGGCGACGUGUACCGCGUCGGCACGCUGCUCGAGCUCGUCCGCGAGCUCGCGAUGACGCUCGCGAAGGACGGCAAGCGCGUCCGCGUCUGCGUUCAGGGAAGCAUGGGCGAGGGCGUGUUCCAAGGCUUGCCGCUGUCGUUAUCCGGCGUGGCGAGGAUACUUGACAUGAUGGACUGGGGCGACGCAGACGAGUUCAUCUCCAGAGGCGCGAUCGACGGCGACGUCCCGCAGCCGGAGGAUGAUUUCUUCAUCUUGAUCGCGCCGCAGAACAUCGUCGGGUUCGCGGUGUUGCCGCGGAUCAUCGCGAUGGAGGAGGCCGCGGGGGAUCGCCCGAUGAUCAUGAUCAAUCCUAAGCUCGACGACAUCCAGAGCGCGGGGAACGUGAUGUCGAUCAGAGGCAGAGGGGAACGGCGCGAGUACGUCUCGACGUGGCGCGAAGUGUAUCACUUCCGUUUGCUGUACCGCAAGCCGUACUUCUUCCCGAUAUACGGCGCGAUGCGAUACACGCACGACGGGAAGUGGGAGCUGUACAAAAAGUUUGGAAAGAUGGAGAGCGAGGAGUACGUGUUGAAGCGCGCGUACGACACCGGCAGCGAAGGGAUGCCGGGCGCGGGGGAGGUCACGAAGGUGAUCUUGGCGAAAGGCGAGCGCAACGGGUGA